AUGUGGCAGUUGCAUGUAGACGGAGCAUCAAAUCACAAGGGAGCGGGAGAGGGAGUCGUCAUAAUCACCCCAGACGGAACCUUGUUGGAACAAGCUAUCACACUAGGCUUUUCUGCUUCAAACAACGAGGCAGAAUAUGAGGCACUGCUUGCAGGACUACGCCUAGCGAAAGAACUGUCGAUCAAGAGACUGGCCGUCUACUCAGACUCCCAACUGAUCACGAAUCAAGCCUCAGGCGAGUACAUGGCAAAGCAUCCAAGAAUGGUUCAGUACCUCGACAAAGUCCAAGGACUUUUGAAAGAAUUCCCUACUUUCACCAUCCAACAAGUUCCACGGGCAGAGAACACUCAUGCAGAUGCGUUGGCGAGCCUAGGAUCAGCACUGGACACCCAGUUCAGACGCUCCAUCCCAGUUGAACACCUUGACCGGCCAAGCAUCGAAGAAAUAGAGCCGAUCGACUCAAUGCAGAUUGAUGAGGACCCCAGCUGGCAAGACCCCAUCAUCGACUACUUAGUGAAUGGAAACCUGCUAACGGAUAAGUCCGAAGCUAGGAAGGUCCAGCAGAAGGCCGCGAGAUACUAUAUGCACGGCAGCAAGCUCAUCCGUAGAUCAUACUCCGGCCCUCAUCUCACCUGCAUAAAGUACCCUCAAACACUUGAAGUCCUCUGCGAAAUUCACGACGGCGAGUGUGGCAACCACUCAGGGGGCAGGUCACUCGCCCAGAAAACUCUAAACGUAGGCUAUUUCUGGCCUACCAUGCGCCACGACUCCGCUGAAUAUGUCAAAAGAUGUGAUCGUUGCCAACGAUACAAGCCGAUCCCUAAUCUGCCUGCCGAAGUUUACCAUCCGCAAAACAGUCCAUGGCCAUUCAUGCAAUGGGCCAUCGACUUAGUGGGUCCCUUGCCACCGGCGCCUGCCAAGAAAGAAAUGAUGAUCGUCGCCACCGACUACUUUACUAAAUGGAUCGAGGCCGAAGCUCUAUCCUCUACUAAAAAAGCCGAUGUGGAGCGAUUCAUCUGGAGAAAUAUCAUCUGCCGGUUCGGCUGCCCACAAUCGUUGGUCACUGACAAUGGCUCACAGUUCAUUGGAAAGCAGAUCACCUCCUUCUUUUCGAAAUACAAGAUCAAGCAACACCUGUCCACUCCAAGGUAUCCACAAGGAAAUGGGCAGGCUGAGGCAUCCAACAAAGUCAUAUUAGACUGCUUGAAGAAAAGGCUAGAAGGCGCCGAAGGGAAAUGGGUGGACGAACUCCCCGGAGUAUUAUGGGCUUAUCGCACCACCAAACGAAGGUCGACUAGCAAAACCCCAUUUUCCCUUGCCUAUGGAACUAAAACGAUCAUUCCUCCUCACGUCAAUGUCCCCUCUAUAGGCAUUGAAGUCGGCAGUAUAGAGCAGAACUCCGAGCAGAUGAGACUCAACCUUGACUUACUUGAAGGCGAGAGCGCGAGAAGGCCAUUGUCCGAGUCGCCUCCUAUCAACAGCGGUUGA